AUGUGUCAUGAGUCGUCAGCGAAUCUGAUUCCAGAUGAGACUAUUCACAGUUUGACAAGGUAUGUGAUGGACUAUAUUACUCGCAUCUCUGAUUACAAGCAAUCCUUAACUUCAUUGAUUGUAUCUAAGCCAUCAAAAGUUUUGAAAUAUUCCGAUGAUGAUCAAACGAUUAUUGAUAUGGAAUUUAUAGAAGUCGAGGGACAAACUCCAUUGACACUCCAUUUAAUUUGGAUUAUUGAGAUUUUAGUAUGCAAAUUGAAUGUCAAGUCCGUGAACUAUGAAGAUGCUCAUUUGUUCAUGAUGAACAAUGUCCAUUACAUUGCCCCGAGAAUCAGAGACUGUCCAAAAUUGAGGAUGAUUAUUGGCGAUGAUUUUGCAAAUAAACUAAUUGGAAAAGUUCAUCUGACAUGGAUGAUGCCCAUAGCAGAUUCAAACAGGAUGGGUCGUGUGACCCGUGUCUUAUGGAAGAUGCAAAAUUUGCUCCAAACGAUCGUAUUGUUGGGAUUGUGGCGCAAUAUGAUUGGGAAAAGGGCCCAUUGGGGGUUUGGCUUUAAGCCUGAGUUUAUCAGGGAGACAGUUGAAGCUUGUCCUAUAAUGGGGACUCCAGAAAAUGUUGAGGUUGCAUAUGAAUCGGCUGUGAAAAUAAUUUUGCAAGGGGAUGCAAGUGCAGCGAGAGGAAAAAUGAUCUUUGACAGAGGAGAUAGCAAUGAGAUAAAUCAGUACUUUCAUGCCGUUGAUGAGACCCACCGCCGGAUGGAACUGACCACCAUGUCCGAUGAUGACAAGAGCAAGGCCAACAGUGUGAUGGAGAUAGCCAUGGCUCAGCUCGAACAGCAGUUUGUCAACAUGUUGAUUGAGAUGUGCCGUAGUAGUCCAAUGUGUUCAAUUUGUUCUAGUUCAAUAACUGAUAGCAUUAGCUAUGAAUUACUUGAAGAUGAUUAUUUAGACUACGAUAUUCCACUUGUUGAGGAAGAAAUCAGUUAUCUCCAAAGUGUUGCCCGAAGAAUGAAAUCUGUUCAGCGUGUUAAUGUUUACACUAGAGUAUGGAAGGGUAUACUGGACGCACGUUUUCGAUGCCUAGGCGUUGAAAAAUUAAGCACUGAAGACGUCCGGAGGAUAGAGUGGGACUUGUUGGGGGUGAAGAUCAGACAGUGGAUACGUGCGGCGAGGGUUUGUGUAAGAAUUCUCUUUCCGAAAGAGAAACAACUCACUGAACAAAUCUUUGGGGCUCAUGGAACUGAUUUAUGUUUUAUAGAAACAGUUAAAGAUGUGGCAAUUCAGGUAUUUGACUUUGUGGAAGCCAUAAGUACUAGUCGUCCUUCGCCAGAGAAGCUGUUCAAAUUCUUAGACAUCCACAAGGCCUUGUCGGAGCUUUUGCCAGAUGUGAACACUCUCUUUCAGUUGAAAACAGGGGAACCUAUUCGAAUCCGAGCUUUUGAGAUACUUUCUCAGCUCGCGGAGGCAAUCAGAGGGAUUCUAGCGCAAUUGGAGAAUGCAGUGUGUCAUGAGCUAUCAACAUUCUUGGAUCCGGGUGGGGAUAUUCACAGCUUGACUAAGUAUGUGAUGAGAUAUACCAUUCAGAUCUCUGAUUACAAGGAGUCAUUAACUUCAUUAAUUGUAUCCAAACCAUCAACAAAUUUGAUAUAUUCUGAUGAUCAGAUGAUUCCUGAUAUGGACUUCACGGCAUUUGAAGGGCAAAGUACUCCAUUGGAGCUCCAUUUAAUUUGGAUCAUUGAGAUUCUAGUUUGCAAAUUGGAAUUCAAGUCCAAACUCUACGAAGAUGACACCUUGGGUCAUUUGUUCAUGAUGAACAAUGUUCACUACAUUGUUCAGAGUAUCAAAGAUUGUCCAGAACUGCGGAUGAUGAUUGGUGAUGAUUACGCAAGGAAAUUAAUCGGAAAGGUCCAACAGGCACAGAGUAGCUAUAGUGGUGCUACCUGGUCGGAGAUUUUGUCCUGUUUGAAAUACAAGGGAUUAGGUACCGGUAGGAGCUUCUCUUCUGGGGUGUCUAGGACUAGGAGCUUUUUCAGAGAAAAGUUUAAGACCUUCAAUGCCAUGUUUGAGGAGGCUACCAGGACUCAAGCAACGUGUUUGAUACCGGAUAUGCAGCUUCGGGAAGAGCUUCGUAUGUCGAUAUCGGAAGAGUUGAUCCCAGCUUAUAGGUCAUUUCUUGUUCUUUUCAGGAGCCAUGUAGAGAGUGAAAAACACUCUGAAACCUACAUCAGAUACUCGGUUGAGGACCUUGAGGGUGCGCUCUUGGAAUUUUUCGACUCCAAGGAAGAAAAUUUGAAGUUGCGGUUUAAUAUAACAUCAAAUUCAGAACGUGUCCCUAAGACUGAGCACAAGCAUAAUAAGCUAAAAAACUACAAGCAAAAAGUCAUGGACAGCAUAUUUCGUCAAGUACGGAUGGAACGAAAUAUUAACCCAGAUGUGGCAGAUGAUGGUUCAGUAAAUGAUGUUAGUGUUAGUUUUGAAGUAGUUGAAGAUGAUCAUUUAGACUAG